CUGAGAGCUGCACUGGGAUUCAGAAGAUAGAGAAAUCUCUCCUUCCAAUGGAAAGCAUAAGUAACAUGUGGAUGAGCCUCAGCUCCAUGUACAUAGCAAUGGACAUGAGCUUUGGCAUUGUGUGUGGAGUGGGGCUCUUUUUACUACUAAUCCCAUUCCUGAAGAAGUGCCCAGUGUCACCACCACCUGAGAGCAAAAAGCACAUCCCAAAGGAUGUGAAGAGGGGGCACAGCAACACCAGGAAGAAAGCUGCUGCUGGAAAAGAUUAUAGAAACAGCAGAAAGAAUGUGCAGGAUACCCAGAAUGCAUCACCACCUAUGGAAAGCCCCGCCAAGCAUCUUCCUCUGGAUUCUACAGCACAACCCUAUUGGAACUCUAAUGAGAAACUGGAUCAGCUUCCCAUGUUUCAUCUGUUGUCUUACCUCAAGAUCUUAGAGCAACUCAUACAGCAGAAAUUUAGCCAGAUUUUCUGGGGCAUAUCCUCUGUGCUUCCUGAGCCAGUGGUGGCCACUGCCUGGGUCUCCAGGAAACCUCCCUCUAUAGAAACCAAAACUUCACCCUUCAGUAAGUCCUAUAGCCCUUUCCCAGCUCUUCCUCUAUUUCAAGGACCUCCACAGCUUUCCAAGGCCCAGCCAUUACACCAUCAACUUGUGACACCAAGCUGGGUAGAUGUGACAGAGACCCAGGUACUGAAAAGACACCCAAGCUCUACACCAAAAAAUAGACCUUCAUCCAAAAGUAGGGCCCAUGAAACAACAUAUUCUAACCCUAGGAUGAAGGUACUGACAUCCAUCCCAACUGAAAACAAAUUCCAGCAAAAAAGUCUGAAGUGGAAAGACGUUAUAGGCUCUACUAUUGUCCCAAAACGACAAGAAGUCAUUAGACAGUCGGCUGACAGCUUGCCUUGGGGCACCCUGCUCACUGAAGCAAUCAGGUCAGCUUCCAUCCUUCCUGAGCAUUGUCGGAUGCUCCGGGAUCAUGAGAGACAGAAGAAACACAGGGCGACUAAGGUAGGAGACUAUCAAGACCUGUGCUUCGGGGAACCAAUGAACCCUGCAGGACAUUUCCCAACAUACAGUCCUCACCAGUCCAAGAAUGGGCUUGAACUUUCCCAGACUACCCAGCCCUCCAUCUUGGACUCCAAAACUUACAAGUCCAGCCACAUAAUGGAGUCUGUGCCCUCGAGGUUGCCCUUAAAGAAGAGGCCAGUUAAGCCUGACUCCAUCAAGGAGGAUCUCCUGCCUUGCACUCCAAGCAGCAUCACUGGGAAGAGGCUAGAACCCAGGAAACCUGCACCGAGGAUGGACCAGCAGUCCUAUGUGAACACAGCCCAGGAGCUUCCCUUCCUUGACUCAAAGACUCAAAUGAAGCUGGAAUCAAACAUCACACAGCUUCCUAUGAAAUGCAGAAAGAGUCCAUAUCUGCAGGGUCUUGAGUCAAGAGAUCUCAUCCAAUCCGGGGCUCCAGCCUCAUACCUUCCCCAGCCUGUGUAUCCUUCAUCAGCCACCUGUGUUUCUAAGGCUGAACACUGUCCCAAGACCGCUGUGAUCCCAGAAAAAUUACAUCACCAAGAUCCAGGAGGGACAAGGUUAAAAAUAGCAUCAGCUACCAGGCUGCAGAAUACUCUGCCUGCCUACUCAUCUUCAGAGGUUCAGGAGACCCAAAGAACCUCUUCACCUGCUGCCAGCCACGGGCCCUCCGAGGCUGAUGAAGCUGCAACACAGAACACCCUGAAUACUUGGGCCAAUGCUUACUGCCUCCUGGCGAGAACCCAGGAGAGCAGGACUAUCCGAGGGACUGGAAGAGGCAGCCUACAGCCAAGAGCCACCUCAAGAAUUGUCAGGCAAGAACCAUGGAAGAGUUUUGAGAAUGUGGCCUCAGGACAUCCCUUCUGGAGAAGCACAACGGUUGAUCCUGGAGUAAGGACUCCACCUUCAGUGGCCAAACAGACCAAUAGAAUAGUGGAGGUAAGAAAAGAGACACCUCCCCCAUGGAAAGAAACCCUUGGGCCCAGCAAGAUUCCCGGUGACCAAAACAUCAAUAUCAAUCCCAGAGUCUUUGAAUCUGCAAGGGCCAAUGUAAACCCCGGCCAUUUCCAAACAUGUCAACUGCACUCACGAGACCCACCUCUAAAACCACAGGUGAUUAGUAUGGCUGAUGUCACAUCAGACAAGUUGCCACUGACCUCUACUGCUAGGCUCCUUGCAGACCGUCAAAGUACUAUGCAUCCUGCCACAGUCAUCUGGCCUUUCCAGGACUCACUACCCAGAUACCAGAAUACAUCCAAAGAGCCCAAGACUUCAGAGGGCCUACAUAAUGUGCCCAUGAGAAAAAAUCACAGCCAGGAGACUCAGAACCUUAGGGUUCCCAAGGAUAAAGUUCUAGGAAGUAGUCACAAAAUGUUUUAUCCCAAUGAAGAGAAGGGGGAUUUUAUGAGAUUCAGAGCCAAAAGCCAAGGAGAAAGACUUGAAGGAGUGCAGUCCUCUCAAGGCUAUGAUACAUCCACGCAGCCCAAGGACACAGGCAUUCCUGAGAGUCAGUCUGACAUGCCAGGAAAUGAACAGGAUAUUGUAGUAAGCCUUCUGAGAAAAAUCAAAAGAAAUUUACAAUAUCUUAACCUUGACACAAAAAACAAGGAGCAGUGGGAGUCUAUAAAGAAUGAAAGCCCCCCACCAUCCACUCUACAGAGUCAGAUAAAAGGAAAGUCCACCUAUAGUAAGGCAACUGAAGCACAACCUCUCUUGAAUGUUGUGGUUCAGAUCCUAGCAAACACUCUGGGCCUUGAAAUAAAGGACCUGUCCAAGGUGCAGUGGCAUGAAGUGGAACAACUAUUAUCCCAGCUGGGGGUCUCUUCCCACUCUUCUGAGAGGGUCUAUGACCCAAAGACUAGCCAACAGAGGAAGAGAAUGAGUUGUGAUUACACCAGUCCCAAAGUAAACAAACAUCCAUUCAUGUGCAGGAGACCCGGAGACAAGCAAGAGUUGAGUGUUAAUGCCCAGAGAGCCCAAGAUCAACAUCAGAAUAGAGUGAAAAGAGGAAUGGGCUUUGACCAGCUCUCCACCCGCACAGAGCAGAACCAGCUAUUCAGGUACUGGGAAAAUGGAGACAAGCAGCAGCCAAGUCUUGCUGCCCAGAGAGCCUGUUACCCAGAUCAAAAUAGAACAAGAACUGGAAAGGAGCCCUGUCCACAGAACAACCCCAAGAGAAACGACCUUUCGUUCAGAUAUAGAGAAAUUGGAAACAAACAGCAGCCAGGUGUUGACUAUAAAGCCUUUGACACACAUCAAAGUACAAAGAAAGAAAUGGGCUGUGGUCACCUUACAAGUACCAAAAAGAACCAUCCAAUCAAAUACAGGGAAACAAGACCAGAAGCAGUCAGGCACUGAUGCCCGGAGGGCCUCUGCCAGAAAGACCUUUCCAAAAUAGGUCAAAGGUAGCCUUUGCACACCAGGAAGUCUUCCACAAGUUGUCCCAACUGCCAAGCCAUUGUGUCCCCCAUGCAUCCUGGUAAUAAACAUUUUUUUCCCUGC